UAGGUAUUAAUCUAGAGAUAUCAGUGGUUGAUCUGACAACUGGUGAAAUAGGACCAGCUAAACCAAUGAGAGGUGAAGAAGGUUGGACUGUUGGAGAAUUAAAGCAAUAUAUAGGAGAAUCAUUUAAUCUCAAUUCAUCAUCUAUGAGAUUACUGGUACUUGAUGGAACUCUCUCAGCCUACAAUGUUAUACAUUUAGAAAAUGGUGAAAGUUCUUUAAAGGAAGUGCUCUUUAAAGGAGAUGUAUUCAGUUCACACAAACUACACAGAGAGCAACUUGUAGUACCAACAAUAUAUGUAUUAUCAGAUCCUAUAGAUUUUCUUGAGAAAUACAAAGAUAGUUUGAUGUACAAAUAUGUUGAUUUUCACUUCAACUCAAUACUAUUGGACAUUACACUACCUCCUCCUCAGCCUGAAGCUGCUCUCACUACAACUAAUGUACCUAAAGGAGGAAUGAUAAUGAAAAUUAUAUCAAUAAAUUAUGAAGAAGACAAAAGAAAGAUACAAGUACAAGUUGAUAAAAGAAUAACAUUAGCUCAAUUGAAGAGGGAGCUAGUUCCACUGAUUGGUGUACCACCUACUGGUUUUAUAGUGUAUGGAAUCAGAAAUAAUGAAGAAUAUGAAAUGGAGAGACUGGAUGAGACAUUAAUGGAUAUCGUAUCUGGAUCAAAAUUGAUAGUAAGACUGGGUAGAGUCAGUAUUAAAUUAUAUUUAUUACAAUUUUGUAAGUUUAUGAUGGAGUCUGUUGUUGCUGUGGGUACACUAAAUGAGAUUACGUUACAAGAAUGGAGUGUACCCUG